AUGAUCCCUAAAGCGCCUGACUGGCGUUACUGGACUUUGCUUUUUCUUUUCGCUCACUCUUCUGCUGCUGUUCCAGUCAAACGUCAAGGUGGGUGAUUACAUCAAUUAAGUUGCGUGGAAUCGUCUGAGUGUAUAUAAGGCCUCGGGUGUAAAACUUCUUAAACAUGCCUUGUCGUAAACGUUCAACCUGGCUCUGUAUUAAAUUAAAAUAUUGCAGUUUCCCUUGACGAUCUCAUUCAUACAGCAUUGAGUUUUGUGAAACCGAUAUUUGAUACAACCAGGCCCAUUCAUGAAAGUCCAGGGAUAGUAAAGAAGGUUAGUAAGUGAUCAGACAACGUUAAUGUUCAAAGUUUAGAGCCCUUAUGACACGCCUCGCAGGGAAGUGGCAGUUCUUGGAGCUCCUACUUUUGUCGCGACUUCAGACGCUCCAAUUUGCCAAGGCAACUCUCAAAUAUGCAAAUUUAUCUCAUGUACAGCCCACAAUUUUAAAUACGACGAAAGUUUUGCAAACCUUAAUUUGGCCGCACAACUGAUUCAAGAUAAGAAAAUGAGAAAAGUCAUCAGCCAGUAAGUAGAAUGAGCUCCGAUUCACACUGAAUUCAGAAAUCCAGAAGCCGUGACAUCAGUGUGCCGAGAGCAAGGUCUUUCUCAUGAUCAAUGCAAAAUGUUUUCUAAAGGAUUCCAAUUGAUCGACCGUUUUAUGAACUCAAUCGAGAAGCCAGUGGAGGAAAACACCACCUCUGAACCCUUGACAAAUGUCCUAGAACCAAUUAACGACAGUCCUGAACCUAUUCCCGACCGAUGGAGUUCAAGCUUGCCACUUGGUUCACAUACCUGGUCAACGAGGGUUAAGAAUAUCGAGACGAAAACAAUGCGCGUGGGAAGAGGAAUGAUGACUAAUCAGACGCAGACAACGAUGCGAACAACUAAUCAUAAAACCCCUCCAUUGGGAGCAGUAACACCUUCAACCAAGGGAAUUUCGCCGCCUCGAGCACGAAAUCCUCGUCCGGCAGCAGUCAAAUACACAACCGGACAAUCAUUAAAAAAACCGGCGUUACCAAUACCACGCCCAAUUACGCCUAAUACAAAUGAAGACAACGAGUAUGAGGACAACGAUUUGCUAGAAGAUAAGGAAAGACCCAGACGGCAGCGAAGUGCAGAGUACUACGACGAAGUGUCGCAGGAUACGACGUCUUCAUCGAUAAUUGCGCCGACACAACAACCUGGUAAAAAGCUGAAUUGUAUCCAGUAUCUCAGAGACUUAACAUAA